ACCCAAGCCGCACGCGCCACCGCGCCACGCACAUCGAUUGAACGGCGUCGACGUCGAGAUGUACCAGGCGGCGAUCCCGUACAGCGCCGGCCGGCUGCCGGCGUGGCCACGGCAGUCCGAGCUAGCGGAGGUCGACGGCACGGCCGGUCAGGAGGGCAGGCGGGCAGGCGACGGAGGGGAGGCGGUGAGGCGGGCGGCGGCGGAGAGCCCGGUGCUGGUGGUGGGGAGGCGCGGGUGCUGCCUCAGCCACGUGGUGAAGCUGCUGCUGCGGGGUCUCGGGGUGAACCCCGCCGUGCACGAGGUCGCCGACGAGGCCGAGCUCGCCGCCGCGGUCACCGGGGACGAGGCCGUCGUCGCGCUGCCGGCGGUCUUCGUGGGCGGGCGGCUCCUCGGUGGGCUCGAUCGGCUCAUGGCCGUGCACAUCUCCGGCGAGCUCGUGCCCAUACUCAAGGACGCCGGCGCGCUCUGGCUCUGAGAGAAAUCAAGGAAGCAUACGGGACGGGGUAUUACGUACGCGCGUACUACGACCGUUUGAUCAGGAGUUCGUAGUUACCAAUUCUUUUUUUCAUUUCUCCAUUUUACUCUUGAGAUCAUGUGAAUUACUGCUGCUCCAACUUCCUCUCUUGCUAGGGAUCAAUCAGUAAUGGUGAUGCUAUAUAUUAUGGUAGUUACAUAGACGAUAAUAGUUUUAAGUUAUUUGAAGUGAAGUUAGCUUCGACCACAAAUCUCUUGUAAAUAGAUCGAUGAGUGAAGAGAGAUGUACUAUACUACGUCUCUCUUUUCAAAAUAUGUGUUUCAAUUUUAUAUUAAUUCUAUUACAAAGUUAUAUUAAAUUUAAGACAUUUAUUUUAAG